CCUGGCCCCAUAAGCAAUGUCGGAGCCUGCGUUCCGUUUGGCUUGCGACCCAAGCUUCUGCGUGGUGGAAAUAGGCGGCGGCUGGAAUUUCUUUGGGCCGCCGCAUUGCUCCCCAGCCUUGCGAGUAGUCCCCCUAUAAAGUCCCCUCCUUUUUGUUUUUUUUUUUUGUUGUCUUCUUGUCAAGAAUCUGUGUCUUCAUCAUCCUGGUUCGGUGGUUAGGUUUGAGCGAGAUCAUGUGAAGAAGCUCUUCCUUGGGUGUGCUGGUCCCGUGCUGGUGUUAGUGGAGCAAUGUGAUCUCACCGCCGAAGGAGACGCUCAGAUUGUGUGUCCGUGUGUUGAAACCGAACCUUUGCACUUUUCAGCGAAGGAUCCGUUUGUUGAACUGAAAAAUUUUCAGCCAUGAACGACCCUAAUCGCCCGUUGCGUGAGCCGUUGAUACAAAACCAGGUCACGGAGCCGCCGACCCAACAACAGCAACACGUAUUCAUCUUCGCGAAUGGCGUCACAAGAUCCGUCAGCAGACGCGACGAGACCAUUUCUUGCACGCCGGAUUGGAUAUGGGGAGAGGUGCAGAAGCAAGUUCGUAUCGCUGGGCCCAUGGUGUUUGUGGCACUCCUGCAGUACUUGUUGAUUGUGGUUUCUGUCAUGUUUGUGGGGCAUUUGGGGGAACUGGAGCUGGCCAGUGCAUCGAUAGCUAGUUCAUUCGCUGGCGUGACGGGCAACAGCUUGAUCAUUGGCAUGGCCUCGGCACUCGAAACACUAUGCGGCCAAGCAUACGGAGCUAAACAGUAUCACAUGCUCGGCAUUUACAUGCAGCGCGCGUGGUUUGUCUUGUACCUGGUGUGUAUACCAGUUUCAUUGGUUUGGUGGCACAUGGACUCUCUGCUCAUCUACUUAGGUCAAAACACCGAAAUCUCCAUGCUGGCGGGGGUGUACGCGAGGUACAUGUUGCCCUCCGCGUUCGGAAUCGCGACUCUCCACCCAUUGGUGAAGUUUCUCCAGACUCAAAGUCUCGUGGUACCCAUGGCACUUUUCUCCGGCGCCACUACACUUCUACACAUCCCUUUGUGUUAUUUCCUGAUUUUCAAGUCCGGGCUGGAAUACCGCGGUGCUGCAAUUGCGACCGGAAUAUCGAUUUGGGUCAAUGUCCUCUUCCUGGGUUUGUACGUGAGAUUCUCCUCCACUUGCAAGAGAACGUGGACGACAUUCUCUCGGGAAGCAUUCAACGACCUCUGGACUUUUGUGAAGCUCGCCAUCCCAUCUGCCGUCAUGAUCUGCCUCGAGUACUGGUCCUUCGAGGGGCUUGUUCUUCUUUCAGGGCUUCUAGUAAACCCACAGCUCGAGACCUCCACUCUCUCUAUCUGUCUCACGAGCCUGGCUCUGCUCUUCAUGAUUCCGUUCGGCAUCGGAGCUGCUGCCAGCACCCGUGUGGGCAAUGAGCUGGGCGCUGGGCGACCUCAGGCUGCGAAAGGCGCGGUGGUGAUUGCAGUCACCAUGGGCGUCACCGAGGGCUUGUUGAUGGGAACCAUUCUGUACACGGGACGGAACGUGUGGGGCAUAGCAUUCACAAAUGAGCCUGAGGUUAUUGAAUAUGUAGCUCGGUGUGUCCCAUUGCUUGCUUUCAUGCACAUCAUGGACUCCAUCCAAGGAGUGCUGUCAGGAGUGGCUCGUGGAUGUGGGUGGCAGGCCUUCGGUGCAGCUGCCAACCUCGGCGCUUACUACAUUGUGGGAUUACCGUCGGCUAUCAUCCUUGCCUUUGUGUACAACUACAAAGGUCGAGGUCUCUGGUUCGGCAUGAUCCUCGGCAUUAUCACCCAAACUCUGACUCUCUCGAUCAUGACCUGCUGCACUAAUUGGCAGAAACAGGCCGAGGAUGCGCUGCUGAGAGUGUAUUCCUCCACUGCUGCCACGCUUCCCGUGCAAUCGAACCAUAAGCUGAAACACGUUGCAGCCUCUGCUCAGCAUCUUCUCAAAGACGGAGAUGGUGAUGACCCCACCUGAUUGAUGAUGAUUUCCUGCAGCUCCUGCUCACGUACUCCGGCAUUCCGGUGCCUAGCGAUUACAUCAUGUGCAGGUGGAAAUUUUGUGGAAUGCCCAACAUCCUCUUCUUUCGAACUUUUAUCUUUGUUUCUUCUUCUUCUUCUUCUUCUCUUCUGCUUCUUCUUUUGUUGUUUUUCUUUUUGUUUGUUGUUUUUAUCGGUGCUAGAUUCCUUAGUGAGAUAGUUGUCACUGGAAGCUAUGCAACAAUUGUGUACUGAAUUUAGAGGGGCUCAGCAUCUGGCAUGGUUGGAACCGACAUGUCCGAGGAGGCAUCUCCGAAUGUGUGUUUUGCUGCACCUGUUGUUAUUUCACAAUUCCAGUUGAUGAUCCUUGUGCUCUCUCUCUCUUUCUCUUGUUGAUGCCAUUCAAGUCUUGUAUCAUUCAUUGAACUAGAGUUUAAUUUUCUUACAAUGACUUUGAACGAGAAUUUUGAACGACUACACCGAAGUGUAUUUCAAAAUUUUGCACCUGUUUUAAGAUGAGGAGGUUUUCAAAUGUCACAAAUGAGGUAGCAAAUGGGGGAUAGGGAUAUAUUUAUUAUAGACAUACACACAUACAUGUGUGCACUUAUUCAAGUCACUAUUGGAACUUGCGGAUGAGGAAGUCUUCAUCUGAUAUUGUUAGUGUUGGAAUUUUACUGUUAAUGAUGUAUACACAUUUAUGAAUGAAUAGAAUGGUUUUGCUGAUA